CUCGUCGGACUGGGAAACGCGCACACACGGUUCUCAGCCUCCCCCCGCCAGCAGCUGUACAACGGUACCUCUCAGGCACCACGCACUGCCAACAAGCGAGCAAAACGGCCAAAAUGUGAUGAAGGAAGCAGCCGUACACCGCUGCGCGCAAGUAGGUGUGGAUUCGGGUGAGAGAGAACUCUUAAAACCAUGCGUAAAAGUUGUGCGUAAAAGUGGAACUUUUGCGCGGGUGAGAUGGAUGCGUCGGUGAAUAUCUGAGUCAGAAAACAGGGAGGGGAAGACUAUUUUUAGUAUUUGCAGAUAAUUUUAUUGGGGUUUUUUUUUCUUUUUUUUUUUUUUUUUUUUUUUUUUUUUUUUUUCAUUGUGGAAUGAAUUCGUCUGGUGCGCAGACUUUGUGCGAGAAGUAGGACACGCGCGGCCCCGCGACUUCUUUCCGUCAUGAUGUUCAGGUUUACUUAAAUCUGCAUCUUUCUGAUGCUUCUGUUGGAACUGGUGGGAAGCUUUACUUGUUUCAUCCCUCAGUCUACCUCUGGUCGACAUGGACGGGAGGAGUAGCGAGUGCGCAGCGGCCGACAGCUGCUGCGCCGUCGGGGACAGCGUCAGUCUCAGCGUGCUCAACUGGGAGCAAGUGCAGCGGCUGGACGCCAUCCUCACCGGAUCCAUCCCCAUCCACGGCCGCUGGAGCUUCCCCACCCUGGAGGUGAAACCCCGGGACAUUGUCAAGGUGGUGCGAAGCCGCAUGGAGGAGAAGCGGAUCCACGUCCGGGAGGUGCGUCUGAACGGAUCCGCGGCCAGCUACGUCCUGCACGAGGACAGUGGUCUGGGAUGGAAAGAUCUAGACUUGAUUUUCUGCGCCGAGCUGAAGGGAGAGCUGGAGUUUCAGACUGUGAAGGAGUUGGUGCUGGACUCUCUGCUAGACUUCCUGCCUGAGGGAGUGAAUAAAGAGAAGAUCACACCACUGACUCUGAAGGAAGCAUACGUGCAGAAGAUGGUGAAGGUGUGCAACGAUUCGGAUCGCUGGAGUCUCAUUUCGCUCUCCAACAACCGCGGCAAGAAUGUGGAGCUCAAGUUCGUGGACUCACUUCGGCGACAGUUUGAGUUCAGCGUGGACUCCUUCCAGAUCCGUCUGGACUCCCUCCUCCUCUUCUACGAGUGCUCGGAGCACCCCAUGGCAGCCACGUUCCACCCCACCAUCCUCGGCGAGAGCGUCUACGGCGACUUCCCCACUGCCCUCGACCACCUGCGCCGGCGCCUCAUCUGCACCCGGAGCCCCGAGGAGAUCCGAGGCGGCGGCCUGCUCAAGUACUGCCACCUGCUGGUCCGGGGUUUCCGGGCGGCGGCGGAAGCGGAGAUGAAGCUGCUGCAGCGCUACAUGUGCUCGCGCUUCUUCAUAGACUUCCCCGACGUGGRCGAGCAGCGGCGGAAGCUGGAGUCCUACCUGCAGAACCACUUUGAGAACUUGGAGGACCGAAAGUACGACUAUCUGGCCACACUGUACGACGUGGUGCAGGAGAGCACCGUGUGCCUGAUGGGGCACGAGAGGCGCCAGACGCUCAGCCUCAUCUCCUCGCUGGCGCUGAGGGUCCUGGCCGAGCAGAACGCCAUCCCCAACGCCGCCAAUGUCACCUGCUUCUACCAGCCGGCCCCUUAUGUCUCAGAUGGGAACUUCAGCAACUAUUACGUAGCGCAGGUUCAACCUGUCUACUCUUGCCCACCUUCCCCUCCUCACCAGUACUUUCAUACUUUGCAGCAUCCCAUGUACGCCACUUGGCUGCCCUGUAACUGAACAUAGAGUACGCCCAUUUUGUUUCAAGUAAACCGAGGGCCUCAUGCCCGGAUGAAAAAACAUCAGAAUGAUUGUGACGUUUUCAUCACAUCUUUGAGAUGGCAACAGGUAAAUACCAACAAAACAAAGGGUCUGGACGAGAGGAAUAAAAUAUUGGAAGGAAACUGAGUAGUAGAAGGUGCCUGGAUGGAGGCGGCGGUCUGAGUUCUGGUUCUGGCAGCAGGAGGACGAAGAGUCACAGAAAAGUUUGACUGAACACUUGGUGGGUUUAGCAGUUCAAGCCACAGUUGAGCCACAAAGUCAUCAGCGUUGCAGAUAAGGUCGUAUUCGUCAUGCUUUGUGAGUUAUGACUCGUGACGGUGAACAUUUGACUCAACUCGAGUUAAAUGCACAUCUUUUACAAAGCUAAAAAGACUAGCUGCUAUAAAGACUAGCAGAGGACCCUCAUCAUGUGCUGAAGCUAUGCAUUCAUUAGGACUUCUGGUCUUUAUACAUGUGUGUAUGUGCAUGAGUGUAUGUAUGUGUGAGUCAUUUCACAAACAAUGCAUAAAGAGGAACAGGAUACUGUUUACAACUCCAAAGAUCUGCUUUGUGUUUUUGUUUGACUUUUUGAGUACAAUUCAAUCAACAGAACAAUGCAUUGCUUUAUUUCCGUACAGAAAUAAGUUGAAGUGCCUUGAUAAAGCCGAAAGGGGAAAAAAAGUCUAUUUUUGAAAUUCUUUAUUAAAGAAGAAUAAUACUGUAUCUUUACAGUUUUGUACAUAUCAUUGAAUGUAUUUAGGCUUUUUAACAACAUUCCCCAAUGCUGAGUAAAGUUUUUUUUUACACUGAGGGAAGUAUCGACCAGCUGGUGUUUCUAUUUUUUUUAGUUGAAGACUCUUCUUAUCAGCAGCUCUGCUGUGCAAGGAUACAUUGUGAUUAGUAAAGAGGAAGUGAAAACAUGAUUUCAUCUUCUUUAGCAGCGCCGAGGGGGUGGGGGCUUGUCAAAACGCAGUUUCACCAGUGCACUUCUUUGUGUUUCUGCAGACUCAUAUUCACUUCCAAAAAUGACCUUUUCUUUUGUUUUAAAUGGACACAAGGUGACCUAGAGGAAGCUCAUGUUUGUGUGUGGAAAAAAAAGUGUUUACAUCUACUAGAAUUAGUAAAAUAAGUUGUUACGUAUCAAAUAAAGUGCAAAUACAAUUGUCAAAUCAGUUUUUAAAGUCCUUGAAAGCUCUAAAAGGUGACACUUUAAUAAGUCAAAACAAACAAGAGCCAUCAGUUUUUAUUAAAAAAAACACUGGAAAGUUGUAAGUAGUUUUUUUAGAUUUCCACGUUUGAUGUCUAGUAUUUAAAAACAUAUGUCAGUAUUUAUGCACUGUAAAAGCAGGUGGUUUCCAUGUGUGAGUUAAAUACAUGGUGGCAGGAUUCAAGGGAUGCUACACCACUGAGGAGUACUUCCUGCGUGAAAUGAUAUGAAAUUCAGAAUGCUAAUUCUCUUCUUCAACAAACAGUCACUGAGCAAAAAUUCAGUAAGAAGAAGUGCACAAAGAUGAACCCACUUCUAUCAACUCCUUCAGUUUUUGGCUAAUUUUUUUCUGAGAGAAUGUACCUUUAAAUAUAUUCAGCACGCCCUCGGAAACAUGUCUCUUAAUUUUCCUAAUUAUUUUUCCGUCUCUACUUUGUACAGCUUGUGUUGGACUGUCGUAGCAGGCGGCUUCAAAGUUGUGUGGGAUCUUUUCUGUGUGAAUCUGUGCUUCAUUUUGGAGGGUGAAAAGCAGUUUCAACAUGUUCACUGUGAGUCUGUGUGAAGGCGGGUGUGCUCUGAGCUGGUUCAUGUGGAUUUAUGUUGCUCCGAAGAGAUUGAUUCYCAGUCAUCUUAGCAGCUCAUUAAAAAAAUCUGAUGGUUGUUGUCAAGUUGACUGACCUUAUUAAAAAGCUAAAAAUGUUCAAAAAA